GAGGCGGCCCGGUGCUGCUACGCUCUCCAAUAAAUCCCAGAGACGAGCAACGCGUACGGUCGGUUGGUUGUCUGUGUGUGUCAGUGGGUGAACAGUGCGUAUGAGCGAUUUUCGGUGGCACUAAAGGAGGCCCAAAACGAACCGGUGGACCUUAAAGUUGUUGGGUAAACAACGAAAAGUCGGUUACGCGUGGCGAGUAACGGGUUGCGGAUUGAAUAAACAAGACCAAGAGCGAAUGGAAAGUGCACAAACUGGAAACAGGAAAAAUCCAAAAAAAACUCCCAGAAUCUAAGAAAAACAUUGCCAAAAAUAAGCAUCAACAUCAACCGGAAAUCAACUAAAUUGUCGUCACUCCAAUCAAGUGGAAAUUUGAUUAAAAAAAAGGAGAGCAGGGUGGCCAAAGAAAAAGAAUUGAAGGGAGAAAAGAGGAAAAAUUUGAUAAAUUCAAAAGAAAAGGCAAUAGACGAGUGCGGAAGGAAAAUAGAGUGCGGGUCUAUCGAAAGGUAGCAGCAAAGGAAAUCAACACGCACGCACAUGAACGAGUUUGUUGCACGGUUGCGGCAAAAAAACAUUAAAAAUCAGCGGAGCGUAAAACUUACACAAAGCUUGAAAAAAAAUCCAGAAUCCCACGUGAACAAAGAGGAUGAAAAAAAUAAAUACAUAGCUACAGUAGAAAUAAAAACACAAAUACAACAGAGUAACGAAGUGAAAGAACAAUUUUUAGUGGAAAAAAUUAAAAGAUUUCACUUGGAGAAAAAAGAAACUAAGCCAGAGGAAAUUGAAAGGCGAACAACAAGGGCGAAACAGCUGACGGCCAGGACAUAUAACGUCUUUCCUCUCCUUUGGGCUAGAGCACGAAAUUAAGUGCAGAUUAUCAGAAGAUUAUAUUUUAAUAGCAUUUCAAGCUGUUUCCUUUGGCCAACAAAGGCGAGACAGGACCUCCCAGGACUCGCAAAGCAGCAGGCUGACCCUGGAGCUAAUAUAUAUGUGUGUGUGUGUGUGUGUGUGCUACAAGUGCGGCUUAUUGCAUGAUUACCGCCAAAGAUUUUUUCGGGACUCCGCUACAGGAUUCUGAGCCCGGGAAUAGCUAAGCAAACAUAUAAGCGUGCCAGAAAUUGAAAUUAAAGAAGGAAUUAGUGUCGCGAGUGUGUGAGUGUCGGCUUAAUAAAUAUUAUGUGCUAGUGCCAGUGAGUGUUUGUACACUGAAAGCCAAAAAUCGAGUAUACGCAGGGUGGCCCAGCCUUAAGAAAGCUGCUGAGAAUAGCAACAGAAUUAACCCGGCAGAGAAAGGAAAAAUUGAGAGGAGAACUGGAUAACUGGAGAACUGGAGCGUGAGGUCAAACUAAACAGGAGAACAGAACUUCAAUACGAAGAAGUCAAGUAACUCUAGAAUUGCAGUCACUUUCAAUAGAGACAAAGGACUAAAACUGAUUCGAGUUAUUAUAGACAAACAACCGGCGGCGACUAAGCCAAGUCUAUUAACAGGGCAAACAAAGACAGGCCGCCAAAAGGAAGCUGAAUCUCAGAAACACGAAAUCCAGAGAAAAGCAAAAGAAUGUAAGCAGUGUAAAAUACAAAAAAAAAUAAGAAAUUCGGAAGAGCCGGCAAUGAGAGGGCCAAGACGACAAGGGGCACGGGCCAGAAUUGAAACAGUUAGCUGGCAAAUCGGAUUGAGAAUCUGCUGUAUUGACACAAGGAAAUCGUUAGCCGGCUUAGCUAGCAAGAGGCCAAAUUUAAAAUUAAAAAUAUAGCAAACCAGUUUGAAAUCAAAGUGAUAUGCUAAUGCCCAAGUCGCGGAGGAGUGUGGCAUGAAUAUUUCAUGAGCAGAGGCACAGUGAUGACAAUAAGCCGGCUCCGGGAAUAAAAAGAAGAAGGACAGAGUGAAAUCAGGACGAUGACAGAGCUAAGACGAGCUAAUGGCCUGCACAAGCAGCAUUCCCUGAGAGAUCGACAGGUUCAUCCCAUGUUGCACGCCUUGGCAGAUCAUGGUUGCAACUUGAGCAGUGGUGGCAACAGUGCGGCCAGCACCACCAGCAGCAGCACGGCCACCGCAACCACAGCACUUGGUGGUGGCGUAAAUAGCGGUGGCGCUGCCAUAACCACUCAGCGGAGCGUGGAAUUCGAUGAACAUGACAUCUUCUACGUCUCACCUUCCAAGCGAAAAGGAGCCACAACAGGUUCCUCUGGCAAUGUGGUGACCUUCUCGAAUUUCGUGAGCGAACAGCGCUUGACACCCUCGUCGUCGAACCGGGGAUCACUGAGGCGCAGCAAGGGCCGCUCCAAUCAGUCCCUAUGCAGCUGCGAUGCUGGCGAUGAGGCCCAGCUGGAUUUGCAACCGAAUGCGGCCAGGCCGCUGUAUGAGUACAGUUUGGAACGAAAGCGCAAGAAGCACACUUACUCCUGCGAACAGAACGCGCAGAUACUCAUGAGACUGGAGCGCGAGCGUAAUCGUAAAUUAUCGCUGACUGGCAUGGAAACGGGAUUGGGAAUCGGAUUGGGAUUGGGAAUGGGAUCGGGCGGAGGAACAGGUGGCGCGGUAGGAGACCCUCAGAGCGACACGCCCAGCCUGUCGGAUGUGGAUGUCAUACCGCCUGUGCCGCCGCCGCCAUCGAUGAAACGCAACGGCAGCAUGCGCAGCCUGCGAUUGUUGCAGCAUCUGCAACAGCAGCAACAUCACAGCAGCAACAAUAACAACUUGUCGCAGCUGUGCAGCAGUGAUCUUUUGCAGGACUGCACUAAAUCGGCAUUGGAUGAGUGCACUGCCACAUUGCUAAAGUGCACCACGACCAGCAAUCACAGCAGCAGCAACAACAGCAACAGCAAUGCCAGCAAUAUUUGCAACAACGCAAGCAACUUAAGUCACAAUAACAACAAUCAGGUGAAGCCAGACCUUUGCCAACCUCCUGGCCAUGCCCACAAUCAUAGGCACAAGCUACCCAACAAUGCCACACCCACGAAUAAUACCAACCCGCCCCCGCCCCCAUUUGCCGCCCAUGAGGAGGACGAGAUAUUCUCGCCGCACUCCAAGAAAUCGGAUCCCAGCCUGUGCUUCCUGCCAGGUGGUAAUGCAUCCUCGAAAUACAAUACCAUUGGGCCGAGCAGCGAUUAUGCAAGACAUUUGGCCCACUACAGUCGCUACCUGCAGAAGCAACACCACCAGCAGCAAAUGGCGCACUUUCAACAGCAGCGAUGUCGCUGCUUCUCGCAAUCUCUGCUCAGUUUCCCACAGCAACAGCACCAGCAGCAACAGCAACACCCAAACCCACAGCAACACCAAGCCCCACAGCAACAUCAGAAGGCCCCCCAGCAACCGGCAAUCUUUCACACCAGCAGCAUGGACUGGACGUUGCCAAUUAAUAGUCGCAGCUUUGGCAAUUUGGUGAACAUUGAUGGCUCUGGUGGUAAUGGUGGUUGUCGUGUGCCGUAUCAAAAAAUGCAGUCGGGAAAUGCAGUUUCCGGUGGAGCAAUGACAAACGGUGGCUUGGGCCUAGCCGCGUCAUCCACAUUUACGCUCACCUCCUUCGACAGCGAUAUUGGACAUGGCCUCAAAGAACGCGAAUCGCAGACAUCGCUCCACCAUCCGCAUACGCAUCCGCACACCCAUUCGCAUCCACAUCCGCAUCAUUAUCACGCACAUGUGGGUGGUGUAGCGGCGGGUGGAUCGGGUUCGGUUACACCGCAGAAACACCACCAGCUCCACUCGAGCGUCACGAGCAUCAUGCCAUGGAAACACCGACAGUGUCCCAGUCGUGGAUCUUCCAGCUCCGGCACGAAUUCGUUCCGAUUCGAUGCAGCCAAGCACUGGCUGGCAGUGAGCUCCAUCCUCCUGAUAAUUGGCGCUGCCAGUGUGGCCGUGCCACUGGCGCUACGUGUGGCAGCAAGUGCACCUUUUGAGGAGCGUUUGCGAGUGGCCGUUCAGCUUCUGGAUCAAGUGCCUUUAAUUGACGGGCAUAACGAUUUACCCUGGAAUAUUCGCAAGUUCCUGCACAACAAACUAAACGACUUCAACUUUGAUGAGGAUUUGCGCAAUGUAAUGCCCUGGGGUCGCAGCCAUUGGAGUCACACGGAUCUCACGCGACUGAAGAAGGGACGCAUAUCAGCACAGUUCUGGGCCGCCUACGUUCCCUGUGAGGCGCAGCAUCGUGAUGCAGUUCAGCUGACUCUGGAGCAGAUCGACGUGAUCAAGCGGCUGACGGACCGGUAUUCACCGCAGCUAACCACUUGCACCUCAUCGCAGGACAUUAUCGAUGCCCACAAAAACCAGCAAUUGUGCUCCUUGACCGGCGUAGAGGGUGGCCAUUCCCUCGGUGGAUCUUUAGCGGUACUGCGCACCCUGUAUGCCAUUGGAGUGCGUUAUAUGACGCUUACAUCAACGUGCCAUACUCCAUGGGCGGACUCGAGUUAUGCGGACGCGCCGACCUUCAAUAUGAAACACGGCGGCCUGACCAUAUUCGGCAAGACAAUCAUCCGCGAAAUGAAUCGACUGGGCAUGAUGGUCGACCUGUCGCACGUCUCCAAGGGUACGAUGAGAGAUGCCCUGGAGGUGAGCGAGGCACCUGUGAUAUUCUCACAUUCCUCGGCCUACGAACUCUGCAACACGAGCCGGAACGUCCAGGACGAUAUCCUUCAGGCGCUGGCCAAGAACGGCGGCCUUGUUAUGGUCAACUUCUACUCGAAGUUUCUCUCCUGCAGCGACAACUCAACCGUGCACGAUGCAGUCGCGCAUAUUAAUCACAUUAAGCGAGUCGCCGGCAUCGAUCACGUUGGACUGGGCGCCGGCUACGAUGGCAUUAAUUAUACCCCCAAAGGACUGGAGGAUGUAUCUUCAUAUCCGACUCUAUUUGCUGAACUUCUUGGUGGCGGUUGGACAAUUGAUGAGCUGACCAAAUUAGCCGGCGGUAAUUUCCUUCGAGUUAUGCAGCAGGUGGAAAAACUAAGGGAUGACAAAAAGGCGGCGGGCGUUAAGCCCUUCGAGGAUCAUCCCAAUUUCCGCACGGAUGACCCCUACAAUUGUACAUCCAGCUAAUUGAGCACUGGAACCAAACACACUGAGGUUGUACCAGAGAUGCCGGGGAAGUCCCCAAAAUCAUAAGCCAAAUCGAUUGAGCUCCUGCUUCAUAUGUAUAGUGAAUAAACUUAUGUAGCAAAUUUAUAAAUAUAUAAUAUAUAAGUUUGGCUAAAAUACGGCUUACAUAUGUACGAUUUGUAUAAGCUUUAAAUAUUUAACUUUAAGAUAAAUAGAUAUGCCUACUUAUUUGGCUGAAGAAAUAAUUUCCCCUUUCCCUGAUAAUCCAAUCGAAUUUCUUUUCAUUUUGGUGACAAUCUACAGACUGCCAAGAAUAAACAAAAUAAUUAUAAAUUGCACAAGAAACCCACACAAAUUUUCUGUAAAACUAAUUUCCUUUCAAUCCAGAAUCAAUAUCAAAACCAAGACUAUUUUAUCUCAUCUUCAACUGGACCAACCUCAUUUCCUUGCCGCUGAAGUUUUUAAUUUUUCCACUAAUUUACACGAAAACUACAUAUCAAGUAUGUAAUAAACUAAGAUAUUUAAUUAUAUAUGAAACUUAUUUAAUUUAUUGCAUUCAAAUCCAAUGCAAAAUACUUGUGAGUGGGAAAGCAUACACUUAAAAAACCAAAUGAGUAAAAUAUUUAAAUAAAUCUUAGGAGAAAAUAUGAAGUAAAUGUAAAUACUUUAGUUCCAGCUAAGGGCGGGACAUUAAUUAUAUGUUUAAUUAAAUUUUAAGCAGUUCGAGCGAGUAAGAACUGAAAGAAUGAAUAGCGUAAUAAAUACUAAAUUAGUACGUAAGCCAGUAUGUGGGCGUGGCACUGCCUGCUACACAAUAAAUUGUAAAUAAAUUCCAAACGGAAUAAGUAUUAGAAAUAAUUUAUAAUACUAUAUACUCGAUGAACAUAUAGAAGUCACAAUUUUCCAGCAUACAUUUUCCCCUACACUCCCAAAUAGAUCUUGCCGCUCUGCCAGUCAGUCUCUCUGUACCUUCUAAACAAAAAGAAAACACAAGAAAAUCUAGUAAAAUGCGUCUAGACUAAGUAAACAAAUUAUACAUACUAAACCAAUUAUUGCUAGCCGAAAGUCGAAAACCAAAAACCGAAAAACCCAAGACAAAAUCAAUAAUUGUACAUUUUUCUAACCCAAAACCGAAUAAUAUAUAUAAACAAUUCUCUACAUAUAUAAUAUAUAUAUAUGAAAAUCUAUUGUUACGUUUUGUACGAUUUUGUAUGUAUAUAUAGCAUUUUUACCUAUGCUCUGAUUUGUAUGAUCAUUAUAUAGUUUUCUAGCAAACAAUUCAAGCGUAUUAUUGUACUGGGUCUGAUGAGCAGAGAGUUGUUGGUAAUCACUUAGUUCUUAGACUGGCCUGGAAGGCCGAAAAUAAAUAUCUGUAAAGUUUAUACAUAUACGAAUAUGCCUAGUUAUAGAAAUUAAAACGAACUAACAUAGAAAGACAUGCAUAUAUACACUGAAACUCGAUUCUCCCAAUGUCUUUUCAUUUGAUUGACUUCUCUUUUUUUAGUUUGAAAUUUAAACUGAAACCAACACACAAUCUCAGAAACUCAUAUGUAAAACCAAAUUGUAGUUAAAAACUUGAAAAUGGUAAAAUGUUUAGCAAAUAAAACUAAAAAGGCAAACAAAAUGAAGUAAAAAUAAAAAC